UGAACUUUGAACUUGGAUCUGCCUCAAAGUCUUGAGUUUAAAGACUUUGUGUGUUGUCAUGAGUGAACACGGAGGAACCAAGUGACUUCACACGUGUCGUUGAAGAUGAGAGAGAACAUGUUCCAGGAGGGUUUGUACCAAGUGUACUUUAAAGAGCACCCACAGACAACGAGGCCCGCCGCACAGGGGGACCUGCACCACGCCAGGAUUCAUCGCUGGUUCUCUUCAGUGGUAAACACCAGGCUGCUGGUCAGCGGGGUGGUGCAGUUCCUCAGCGGCGCGGUCUGCGUGCUGACCACUGUGUGCCACGCAUGCGUGAGCUACGACUGCUCCGUCGCCAUGACGACGUCGGUGUGGUCCAGCCUACUUUUUAUGGCUGCUGGAUGUGUGGCGGUAGAAGUUCAGAGGAAGCCCAAUAAACUCAAGAUCAUCAUUCUUAUGGUUGUUCACCUCCUCAGCCUGCUAAUUGGUUUCUCCCUGCUGUUAGCCUACUGCCUCUCAUCUCAGCGGCCUCUCGCACUCAACACGACAAAACAGCUUGUCGGCUCGUACGUGGCGAAGAGCAGCGCCGUAGCCUUCACUUUCCUGUGUCUGCUGCUCUCUCUCUUUAUCGUCUUAUUGUCGUGGAGAGGCCUCCGGCGCUACGGUAGUGGUACGGUCCACGUUCGUGGGUACGACCGUGUCGCGCAGGAGCCAGGUGACGACGACAUUGGGCCUUUAAUGGUGCACGUGGACUCAGUGUGAAUCUUUAUCUAUCUAUCUAUCUAUCUAUCUAUCGUGAAACUGCGAAUAAUUAACAGCCAUUGUAGUUACAUUUUUUUCCUCAUUUUUUUUUAACCCCAAAAUCUUGAAUAAGUGGGGAUAAACUGCCACUAAGCAUUUUCGGGGUGGGUUCCCCGCCAAAAAAUCACAAAAAUAAAAGGAAAACAAUUGAAAAAGAAAUGGUGCCAAACCGCAAGUAUGUGGGGGUUCACUGUACACUCUGUUUUUUUCCUCCCAGGCAGACAUAUUGCGUGUAACAGGACCAUGUUUUUAUGUCUACAAUAUCGUCUUGGUGGUGUUUAUGGCGUUGCCUGGGGCUUCACUGUUUUUGUUUUUUUGGUUUUAUAUGAUAUACAAUCAUGAUGUUUGGAGCACUUUGUGAACAUGUCUUUUUAAUGGUGUUAUAUCAAUAAAGUUGUUAUUAUUCUUCUUA